AUGUCCACCACCGUGCCUACAGUUAACCCAAGUCUGGUACCACUGCCUCCAACACCUGAGUCUGAAAAUCAACUAAGGACUGAAUCUACAUUUGGUGCUUUCCCUGCGAGAGUAGGCCAUCUCGUCGAGCAAGUUUUGAAAGUUGGAAGGGGCUUCGGAGAGAACCUAGACGAUGAUCCAGUAGUAGAGCCUGAGCCCACCACACUUCGUCCAGGGAAUGUCACGGUGGAAUGUGUGGUGUUCCCCUCGUAUGAAACUAAAGGAGAGCUUCAAGAGGCGGUCGAGCGAUUUGUAGACUGGCUCACAGCUCUGACGGUCCAGAAAGAAGUGGCACAUCACUUGAAAGGUGGCUCUGGGAAAGCCAAAAUCAUCCUAUGUGGGCAUAGUAUGGGCGGACUUAUAGCUGCCGAAGCACUGCUUUCAAUUGCUCGAUCGAGACCUGAUAAAGAUACACCUUUGUGGCCAUGGAUCGUUGGGAUCAUCGCUUUUGACACACCAUAUUAUGGGCUCCAUCCUUCCGUUUUCAGUAACAGCGCUAGCAAGGCGGCAGACUAUGUAUCUGCUGCUCAGCAAGCCUUCUCCGCAUUCAAUUCAUUCAGGCCCACCUCCCCAAAGCCUACGUCUCAACCCACACGGGCGGCGAUAAUGGCACCGCCCACUGUAGCUCAACAUAGUAGAUCAGUAUCUCCGUGGGCCACAUGGGCUCCAGCAGUAGGCGGCGCAAUUAUUGCUGCAGGGACCGCCUACUGGAAACGGAACGAGGUAGCACAAUAUGGUGCCCAGGUUGUUGGGGUUGGAACCUGGCUACGGGACCAUAUGCAAUAUAUUGGGAAUCUUUGGGAUGAACAAGCGUCGAAACGACGAGUGGAUGCGAUUAUGGAACUAGUCGAGGACGGUGGAAUUGCAUUCCACAACUACUAUACGGUGAUCCCGCCAAGCAGAAAGUAUCCUAGCGAGCGUACGUUCAUUAUCUUACCACCCAAAGGAUCACUCGUUGCCCAGAAGAAAGUGUUUAUUCCUGCCCACAAUGCACUCGCCGCAGAUGAAAUUGCAGCUCAUAUAGGGAUGUUUGAGGCCCAAACGAACGACGGGUAUUACUCACUAGGGCUUCGAGCUGCCGAAAGUGUGUGUGGGUCUGUCGCUGUUGGUCGAGAGAUGGGUGCGAAAUGGGAUAAUUUGAUUGGCGCUGGGGGUACCGCGGCCAAGCAAGCUAUGCACCAAGAGGAAGAGCGUAUAGGGGUGAAGAGGGAAGAGGAAGUGCAAAAGUUGGAUAGAGGUCAGGUACCGCCUAUAGAACCCAUACCGCGCGACGGAGAAGGAGGUGUUGCAAACGAGGCGCUGAGGAAAGUGGCUGAUAGUCCUCCGACACAACAGGACCCUCAGCUGGGUUAG